UUUCACAGCAAUGAAGAACUCAUUCUCGAGGAAAAUGUGUCAGAUUGGGAGAAAAGUGAGCCUGAUGAUUUUUCUCGCUUAAAAUUAUCAAAUAUCGACUCGCGCAAAAUAUCCCUCACAUGUGAAACACUAAUGAGGCAUUCUGUAAUAGUUCAAAAACUAGAACCAAGCAAAGGACUAACAAUAGAGCCUACAAAACUAAGUGGGAAACUACGAAGCCCUUUACCAAGUCCAGUUCCCUCACCGGUCACAAGUCCUUCCCCAACGAGAAGCCGUUUUCACGUAUCAAAAGUGUCAGAAAUGUCUGAUUCGUUCACGUCCACCGACUCAAACACAUCUUCCUCUCUCUCACCAUCAUCAAUGUUCAGUAAUUCAAGGUUCAAGGUCACAGUGGUCGAACCUGAAAAAUCAACCGUUGUCAUCUCAGUACCCUCCAAAAAAAACACAACUGUUGGUUUUGAGUGUGCUCCUCCCUCACCCACUACGCGGAGAUUAAACAAAGAGAACUCAUCGGAGUCAAGAAUCAGUUUUCCUUUUAAGCUUAAUAAACCAAUCGAUAGCUUGGACAUUGUUGCAUCAAAAAUCAUGAAACAACCUGCAGUAGACCUAGCCGCCCCACCCAGAGCCCGUAAAAUCUCUUGGAUUGCUCCAUCUUCAAUGUUCUCUUUUUCUCAAAUGCAAGCAUCAAUUGAUGAUAUCAACAAACCAACAUCAAGUUUAGACCGAUUAAUUGACCUGUUUAAAAGUCCGUUCAGUCAGUUUCAAAACAAACCGCAAAGUGCAGUCACCGAUGCAACAUCUGAUGAACGGAACCAAGCACCUCCUGUUGGGCCUUUUUCCAGUGUUGAAAAUAACAACCGUUCGGAACUUCAAGGUAUCCAAACAUAUUUGGUGCCUCCAGAAACAAACAACAAAACAAUACCAUUGAGCAGUGAACGCAAUACUGAAGAGACUCCUUAUACUCCAAUGGUCAGUAGCCCCUUAAGGAAUGAACUGCUAUUUCCUGAAGAAGAUGAGAAAAUUAUUGUCACCAUCAGCGAAAGUGCAUCACUAUGUGGUAGGAAUACAUGCAUGAUUGGUCUCUCUGAUGAAAGCCACCCUGUGAAUGCGGAUAGCUCUGUGGACUUAAGUCCGGAUCACACAUCCUCAGAACUAAAAGAUUCGAGAUCAGCCUCUGCAUUCAACAGUUCUAAUGAUAACUGUAGCCUAACAUCACAUGAAGUAAGCUUAACAGGAAAGGGGUGUAUAGACUCAACUAGUCUGCAUGGCAAGUCCGCUUUUGAAGUAGAUUUUUCUGCAUCAAAGACAUGUGAAGACAACUCAACUGAUGCCCAAAACAAAGCAGUUGAUUUUUCAAGCGCAACCGAUCUGUCAGAAGUACUCAAGUGCCAAAAAAACAUGAAGUCUUCAAACAAAGAGGAAGACAGUAGUGACUACCAAACUAGUAAUAACAGGCUUUUAAUAGAAUGUGAAGUAAAAUUUGACACCUCCUGCAAAGGGACGGAAUUUAGUAGCUAUAACAAAACAUUUUCUGGAAGUUUAAAAGGGUGUGAAUCAACCAACUUACAAGAUCGUAAUGAUUUCACCAGUGAUGCCACUUAUUAUGAGGAUAAUUUUGUGCUGAGAAAUAGUGAAGGGAGCUCUGAGCUUCUUCAAAUUAAUGAGUUCAGUGAAGAAACUACGGACUGUAACCGUCUUUACCUGCCUUGUAAACUUGCUACCUGGCCUCAAGGCCUUGGGCUUCAUCUUUUGGGGCAGACAUCCUGUCAAAUUGACCAAAAGUAUCGAUGCAACAGUGCACCGUGCUUAGUCGAAGCUGCAACUGUUGUUUUAUUUCAAAGACAACUUCCCUCAGAUCUCUCAG